AUGAGAGAGCUAAAGAGCUUCAAAACCACAUUGAACCAGAACCAACAAUGGCCGCCGGUAGGAUCUCCGACCAAUCUCCGUCGAGAUGAGCCACGGAGAUCUCAAUUCGAAGACUCGGUCAAUGCUGUUUCCUUUGGUUUCGUUGCCACUGCCAUUCUCAUCUCAAUGUUCCUCGUCAUGGCCAUCUUCGAGAGACUGAUUCGAACCACCACAUCUACAAACUCAGAUUCUUCUCCGGGUCUGGACUCUCGGGUCGGGUCUAAUAGCCCUGCUUCUACUAAGCUUGGUCACCAAUCUCCAAAGAUAGGUGUGUACUCAAAAGGGGUCUCGGUGUUGAUGCCAGGAGACAAUAUACCUACAUUCAUCGCUCACCCCAAGAAGAAGUAUUUGAUUCAUUCACCUGAUGAGCCUGAGCCCUGGUUCAAACCAAAGUAUCUCACACGAACUGAGAAAGACGUUCCUCUGCGCACAACAGAGCAAGAAAUUGCUCUAAUGAAUGGCCAAAUCCUAGCUACCGAGGGUUUUGAUAUUGACUACACGCAGUUCCGCUGCCUUUUCAACUACCAUUCUGUUGAUUUCAAUGCUAAAGAAUUCGUUGAGGAACCAGAAACCAAUUUGGAUUUACUCAAUAGGCUGUGUCACGAAUCCCUUGAUGACUACAAUCAAGAAAACUACUCUUUCUUUUACGAGAGCAACUUUGUCUUCUGCAGACCAAAAUCACCCGUUCAACAAGUUUCGACUGACGAAGAUAGCGUUGGAGAUGCUGAGAAAGACCCUAAGAAACCAAGACUGGAAUAG